UUUUCUUUGUUUUCGCUAGAGGAUAGACACAUAGUUGCUAGUUUAUUUUAAGGUGGUAAAACAUUGCUGGUUUCCUCAGCAUCUCAUCCACGUCGCCACUCUGUUUUCGCGCACCCUGCUCAACACGUCUGAACUCGAUCGAUCAGCAGGCCGGAGUUGACCCGCCGGCGGCGUGCCCCGCGCGACCGCGGCCCCUCGGGCGGCCGCGAGCCGUUCCCAUUCCUGAAUAAAGAAAGAGGAGGAAGAGAAGCCGAGUUCCUCGAAUGGUAAGCAGGCGUUGACCAGAGCAGAGUGGAUCACAUCGCCACCGCCACCACCACCGCCUGAUGAUUGCUCGAAAGAUAAACACAUCCCAUCCGAUCAGAUAGCUUAUAAUCUUCCAUACUGAUGCGGAGACUGAUUAGCGGCCGUUGACUUUGCUUGGCGCGCGCGCGGCGGGCCUCGGGCUCGGCUCAGCUCAUCUCGCUCGCCGGAGUCUGGGCGAGGACGGACGCCGGGGCCGGGGGGCGGGGGCAUGUGAAAUGGCGGCGCUGGAGAUCGCCUUCGCCGCCAUCAGCGUCGCGGCCAUCAUCGCCAUUGCCUACUUCCUCCACACGUGCUCGCGGGAGGCCACGCCCGUGCCGAUGCCGAUGCCGCCCGGCGCGGAGGAGACGGCGGCCGCCGCCGGCGACGUCGAGCUGCAGCAGGCGGGGAUGGACGAGGCCGCGAUCAGCGCGCUGCCCAAGGUGGUGGUGCACGCGAGCGGCGGGGAAGCGUCCUCGUCGUCCACGAGCUGUGCGGUGUGCCUGGGCGAGUACGACCGGGGGGACGUGCUGCGGGUGCUGCCGGACUGCGCGCACUCGUUCCACCGGCCGUGCGUCGACCAGUGGCUGCGCCUUCGCCCCAGCUGCCCCGUCUGCCGCACGCCGCCGUCCACGCCGGCGCCGGCAGCCGCCUCGCCGAGCCAAACGUGAUCUCUUCUUUAUUCUGAAACUCUCGAGAUGUAAAGCAAAGUGCAUGUAUAGUUCUGUAUACUUCACUCAAAUACUUUUCGUGGGUAUCCAGAAAAUCGGUCGCAUUCUAAAUCACCAUGUUUUGGUGAUGAGGGCGAGCCAGCCGGAGAGAGAGAGUCAAAAAACUACAUGCACCAUCAAAUCGGCACAUCUCCAAACC